AUGACUCGUGCGUUCCAAGUGCAAGUGCCGUGCACGUCUGCGAACAUUGGCCCUGGCUUUGACGUCGUGGGCCUGUCGCUGUCGCUGUACCUGACGCUCGAUGUGACGAUCGACCCGAGUGCUGCGCACAAGGAGCCGGUCCUCGCGUAUUCGGGCGAAGGCGCCGCGGAUGCGCCGCUGAAUCCGUAUCACAACCUGAUCACGCGGGUGGCGCUCUAUGUGCUGCGCGUGAACGAGAUCAAGUCGUUCCCGGCGGGCGUGCGCAUCCACGUGCACAACGAGAUUCCGUUUGGCCGUGGCCUCGGCUCGUCCGGCGCGGCCGUUAUUGCCGGCGUGCUGCUCGGCAAUGAGCUGGGCGAGCUGCACAUCAGCCGCGACCGCCUGCUCGACUAUGCGCUGAUGAUCGAGCGCCACCCCGACAAUGUGGCGGCGGCGCUGAUCGGCGGCUUUGUCGGCUCCUACCUGCUCGAGCUCACCGGCGAGGCGGCCGCCACCACGCAGGUGCCGCUGAGCGAGGUCCUCCCUGAAUACCCCGAGAACUGCAACGAGUCGUGGGGCUACGAUCCGCCGGUGCCGCCGCGCGGCAUCGGCCACUACAUCGAGUUUGGGUGGGCCAAGGAGAUCAAGGUCAUUGCGAUCGUGCCGCACUUUGAGGUGCUCACCGCCGAGGCGCGGCGCGUGCUGCCCGACUCGUACUCGAAAAAGGACCUCGUGUUCAAUCUGCAGCGCCUCGCCGUGCUCACGACCCGUACCGGAAGCACCUGA